AUGAAGAAUGGCAUUAUUGCAUUCCGAAUGAAGAAUAAAGUUAGUUACAAUUGUGGUCAAGAUCACAACAUCAAUCAAUGUGCUAACGAAACCUCCGUUGCUUUAGUCCCAUGCACUAAAAAUCCCUCUCGGGGUACCUUCUCUUCAUUCUGUUUAGUUUUAAUGGUCAUUAAUUUCUUACAAAAUGGUGUAUCUCCUCCAAUCUUACCAAAUCUUGAAUCCCCAAAUAAAUCAAUUCUCGAACAUACCUCAAAACUCAAAACAAAUUUUAUUAUUGAAGAUUAUCUUGUUCAUUAUUAUGAUCAUACAACUCUCAAAUUUAAAUCAUCAGAUAAUAAAAUAUCAAUAGAUCAAUUGUUUUAUAAAUUCUUUGAAUAUUAUUUAGGAUUUGAUUUCAAAAAUUUAUCUAUCAACAUUUCUAAAGGUAUUAAACAAAGAGUCGAAAAAAAGAAAUUAUCGAAGUUCAAGAUUUAUUUGAACCCAAAUUCUUAUCUCUUGGUAUUAAAUUUAAAAAAUUCAAAAGAUUUUAUUUGA